CUUUCCCGAACACCCGUCGGUUGGCCUGGCUUCAGUAAGCUCGGAGCUUUCGACCGGUUCACUUCUAUCCGAGGCUACGUCGAUCUCGAAACCGCGUUAUAGACGUAGAAUCGACGACAUGUGCGUGACAAGAAGCGGAUUCUAGGUUUUUUUUUUUUUCAAAGAAGACUUUAAGAGAUACAGCUGGUGGAGUGAAUGACGCUUAGUUAGGGGAUGGUGGAUUAAAAACUAGGACUAAUGUGUCUGGAAAGAAUAAGGAGUCUGAGGAAUACCGAGUUCAUCGGGUGAAAAGCUGGAAUUGUAAUAUACGCUGGGUUCCUGUCUCGUUGCUUCGCUGGAAUUGUGUUCUAUACUGAAUUCCUAUCCUGUCGAUUCGCUCGCUGGAAUUGUAAUAUACCUUGAACCACCCUCUCGUCGAUUCCUCGUCUCAUCGGUUUGGUAGCUGAAAUCAUGACACCACAAUGUAAGUCCCAAUCUCAUGGGUUAAGUUGGUGGAAUUGCAAUAUAUCUAAGUCCCUAUCUCAUCGGUUCAAUUAUUGGGAUUACAAUAUAUUCUAAGUCCUCGUAGUCUGGUGUAGUAUUAUAAACGCUAAGCAUGGAUCUCAAUAAUUGAAUAUGCAAUUGGAAGAAACUGAUGUGACAUCAAUUACAAAAUCCAGCUGGCAGAGUGAUUGACAUUGAUCACUUGAUUCCUCGCAUAAGCCUUCGUUAUAGCGGCUAAGUACUCGGAGGACAAAGUGCUGCGAUUCAAGUGAAUCAGUUAUGGAGAAAAGGCUGGUGUGACAGAUCCAGGAGGACCCUACCGGCGAGAUGACGAGGAGCGGGAGUAACGUGCACGGUGCAUCAAAGCAUGCUUCAAGAUCGAUUCGAAUACGGUGGAAUCAGUUAGAUUACUAUAACGAAAGACGGAUAGAAACGAGGAAGUCCUGUGACUAGUCUGAUUUCCGAUCGUUUCAAAUGAUCAGCUCUGAAUAAAGAUGACUAGGAUCAUCAUUGUUGGAACCUAACAGUGAAUCGUGUCUGUACUUUGAUUUUUCUUCAAAAGAUCAACGACUAUAGUUGCAAAAAGAUUUUUGCAAUGUUUGAAAGAUAGUUGUUUAAAAGUUGACGAGAAGUUUAUUAUAAGGAUCGGUAAGGACGCCUGCAUGGUGAUAGUGGCGGCGCACAAACGAUUAAUUCUCGCUCGAUUGCUGAUCCAGGGAUGCAGUAAAAGCGGUGCACGCUCGAAGGGCGAAAAGAGGGACGCAAAAAGUGUCAAAGAAGCAGCCUGAUUGCAUCUUGCGAAGUUUUUAAAUAUCGUCGACGCCUACCGUCCGAUUUAACGCGGGAAGAUCGAUGAUAAUUAAAUCGUGUCACCUCUUGACGUCGACGACCUGGAAAAAAUUCCGCAGAUUAUCAUUUUGAAAUAUUACAUUUGAAGAGAACAUGUAAUAAUCGAGGAAACUUUUAUCUUGAAACAUCAUGCAAACCUCUCACUGGAUGAUCGUUAAAUUCUCUUGGGUCCGUGUCUCGGGUGCUCGUACGGCAGCUAGGAAAGUCCGUAAACUUUAACAAAGUGAAAGGGUUACAAUGCCAAGUAUCCUCUCGCCUCGUUCCCUCGAGCCGUUCCCGACUUAAACACGAGACGAGAACUACCUAGCCCGUUGCGCUCAAUGGUAAUUAAUUCAGACCUAAGAUGAUAUGGAGUCUGAAGACGAAGUGGACGAAGAUUUGCCGGAGGCGAAAGAUACAGAGGUGAACCGCAAUGAUAAUUUAGAAAGAUUCAAGACGAUGAAAAUCUCAACGAAACCAAUGUCCUCGAAAAGCCCAGAGCGAAGCGAGUGCCAGUUGGUGGGCUCGCCGAGUCCCGAAGAGUCCCAUGCGCCUGUCCCAUGCAAGGAUCCUGAUAAGAUGAAGGCAGAAGAAUCAAAAUUACCCUUAAGUACAAGUACCAAGACUGAAAUAAAAGAAAGCGACAUCGCGAGAAUAUGCAGAAGCAAGAGGAUUACCUGUCAGGAUACCAUACACGAAUACGACGAGGAUGAUGGUCUCACCAUGGACAAGGUUGGAAGAUAUUUGGAAGCACAUCCAGAGGCAGCUGAAGCGUGGCUCCGAGAGAACGCUAGCCUGGAGCUUCGCCAACGACUACAAGGGGUGGCUGUUCCUCAAGCCAAGUCACCAACGAGGAACCUGCAUCAAGAAGAGAAUCUACUCAGUCGAAGCAAACGAAACAGUGUCACCUCCGACUUGUUUCAAUGCUGGCUGGCUUCUAGUUCUCCAGCAAAACGCAGCAGAAGUCCCAGCAGGACCUAUACGUCACUAGUCGGACGAAGAGAAGAAUUAAACAGAUUAGACGAAAGUGAUCUAUUCAUGGAAUUGAUCAGAGACGUGGCAAACGAGCUGGAUAUCAAUGUCCUCUGUCACAAAAUCCUAGUAAACGUUGGCUUGCUUACGCAUGCCGAUCGAGGGAGCCUAUUCCUAGCUAAAGGACCUCUGGAAGACAGAUACCUGGUCGCCAAAUUGUUCGACGUGACGCAAGACACUGAACUCGAGGAAGCCAUUCAACGGGCGAAGAACGAGGAGAUUAAAAUCCCUUUUGGGGUGGGAAUCGCUGGCUACGUGGCUCAUACUAAAGAGAUCAUCAACAUCAAAGACGCCUAUAAGGAUCCAAGGUUCAAUAGUACUAUCGACAUGAGAACUGGUUAUAAAACUACAUUGAUCUUGUCGAUGCCUAUUUGCAACUACGAGGGCGACGUUAUUGGCGUUGCUCAGAUCAUAAAUAAAACCAAUGGGAGCAACGAGUUUACCGACAAGGACGUCGAGGUGUUUCAGAGGUACCUAACAUUUUGCGGGAUCGGCAUACAGAACGCUCAGCUGUUCGAGCUGUCGGUCCAAGAGUAUCGCAGAAACCAGAUCCUCCUGAAUCUGGCAAGGAACAUCUUCGAGGAGCAGAACAAUCUCGAGUGUCUCGUCACGAAGAUCAUGACCGAAGCUAAGGAGCUCCUAAAAUGCGAGAGAUGCGCUGUGUACCUUCUGGACCUGGACUGCGGCGAAGCAGGACAUCUGGAAAAAAUCGUCGAACGACCUGGCAAGUCGACGCAGGAAAGCAGGAAACCAUUGUCGAGGAGAGAGAGCAACAACAUCGAGAUGGAGGACAUUUUCCAACAGCACGCAACGAACGACAGCAACAAGUUCACCACCAUCUUCGAGAUGGACAACGAGACUCAAGAGGCCAAGGUAUACAGACCUAGCGGAAACGAUUUCUCAAAACCAUUGGGUCAAAUCGCGAGGUACGUCGCAGCUACUGGUCAAAUCCUCAACAUCGGAGACGUAGCCACGUGGCUGAAGAAGGAUGUCCAGUCUGGAAACGAAUCGAUCAAGAGCAUCCUCUGUAUGCCCAUAGUGAACGGUCAGAGGACUGUGAUCGGUGUUGCUCAAUUAAUCAACAAGGAUAACGGAACGUCCUUCACCGACUCUGAUGUAUCAAUCUUUGAAGCAUUCGCCAUUUUCUGUGGACUUGGGAUUCACAACACCCAGAUGUACGAGUCAGCUUGCAAGCUGAUGGCUAAACAGAAGGUUGCACUCGAGUGUCUGAGCUACCACGCGACAGCUAGUAACGACGACACCAUCAGAUUGACCUCUGAACCUAUACCAGCCGCAGACUCCUUCAAUUUGUACAGUUUUACCUUCAUAGAUUUUGAUUUAACUGACGAAGACACCUGUAGAGCCACUAUUAGCAUGUUCAAACAAUGCAAUUUGAUCCAGAAAUUUCAUAUACCCUAUGAAGUGCUGUGUAGAUGGAUCCUUAGCGUAAAGAAAAAUUACAGGCCAGUCAAAUACCAUAACUGGAGGCACGCGUUAAACGUCGCCCAAACGAUGUUCGCGAUGCUGAAGACGGGCAAGAUGGAACAGUUCAUGACCGACCUGGAAAUCCUGGGGCUUCUCGUCGCUUGUCUCUGCCACGACCUGGACCAUCGAGGAACGAACAACGCUUUCCAGAUGAAAACAGAGUCUCCAUUGGCUAUCCUCUACUCCACCAGCACCAUGGAACAUCAUCAUUUCGACCAAUGUGUCAUGAUCCUGAACUCGGACAGCAACAACAUCUUCCAGAGCCUGUCCAUGGAGGAUUACAGGAGGGUGAUGAAGGUCGUCGAAAGCGCGAUCCUCUCUACUGAUUUAGCAGUGUAUUUCAAGAAGAAGAAUCGCUUCAUGGAGCUAAUAGACGAGGGGGAGUUCGACUGGCAGAGUGAAGAGAAGAAAGAACUGCUCUGCGGGAUGAUGAUGACAGCCUGUGACGUAAGCGCAAUAGCAAAGCCGUGGGACGUGCAGCACCGGGUGGCAAAGCUGGUAGCCGACGAGUUCUUCGACCAAGGUGACCUGGAACGAUUGCAAUUAAACCAACAACCGGUAGCCAUGAUGGACCGUGAGAGAAAAGACGAACUACCGCAAAUGCAGGUCGGCUUCAUCGACGUGAUCUGCUUGCCUCUGUACAAGGUCCUCUCGGAAACCUUCCCCUGGAUCAUGCCUCUCUACGAAGGCACUAUGGAGAAUCGGAAACACUGGCAAGACCUGGCUGAGAAAGUCGAGAUGGGUCUGACUUGGAUCGAUCGCGACACAAUCGACGAACCGGUCGAGGAAUUCGUCUCGUACGAACCCAAGGACAUCGAGUUCACGGUCACGACCCUGAACUGUGCCCACGCGGACAAAAAGGACGUUCCUGAGAAAUCUGCGUUAGGAAGAUUCGCUUCGUUGAGGAAAGGCAGUCGCACGCUGAGCAAAGGGGUCAGACAUCGCAUCAGUAGAUCCCUGUACACUAGAAGCACCCCUGAAGAUGCAGCAAAAUCCAAGGCUCUGAUCCCUGACAGGAAGAGCCGUAAUAAACUCUGUCUACUCAUUUGACGGCUUACCUCGACCACCCUUGAAAGCAUUCCAGAAUGAUGAUCGAUGAUCGUUCUUCCUAAAUUGUCAGAAGACAGAUGUUGAAUCUGCAAAUUGUCUUCUGUAAACAACAGGUAUUGUUUACAGAGAAUCCUACAGAAGGAGAGAGACUUUGAACAGUCUUAGAAGCUCCAAUGAAUCAAGGUCGAUGAAUAAAAUCAAGCGUUUGCACCGUACAGGGGAGUCUGGUGCGAAUCCACCUACCUCGAGAAACCCAAAAGGAAUCAAAAUAAAAAAGUAACGUAAAACCUUGCUUGUAAAAUUCACUCCAAGACAGUGUUGUUUGAGAGGCAGGAGCGUAGGAAGUUACUCGGGUAGUCAAUGGCUAGGUAGUUAGAAGGAUGACUGGUUUAGGGGCAACCUUCGGCAAUAUGGCUCAUAAACGAAACCUAGAAACAAGAAUACGUUAUAGAGGUGGCGAGGAUGUGAAUUCAAUUUUGACAAUCUUUUUUGUAUUAUAUCUCCGAUACCUUAGGAAUACAAAUUCGCUAGACGAAGAGUGCGACAGCGAGUGAAUGGAAGAGAUGUAUUUGUGAGUUGAACGUGUGUCUUGAUUUAUAAGAUGUAACCGAGCUACGGGCAUUUUUAUAUACCACCUAAAAAGAAACAGAAAAAAAAAAACGAUAUAAGAAAAAGAAAAGAAAAAUUGGACUUCUGAUGACACGUUUACGUUUCGGUUCUAUUUUACGGAGAGAAGAGUUUGAUGAAAGGUGUUUGUGUCGGUGCAAGAUGGACAAAUGUGGAUCCAAGGCGAAUCGAUGAAUUAAUGAUUCCGUUGCGUCACAGGGCCACUCCAAAAUCGUGUUUCUGACGCAGGAAGCGAAAACGUGAUGUACCUCCCGUGUCUGCUUUCCUACGGAUCGGAAGUUUGAGUGGAACUCGAGGAUGUGACUCACGUUCCUUACUUUAUUUCUUGCUUUGCCUCUGUAUUCCCUCGUUACUCCUUCAGUUUCCUUCUCGUUCAAUGGGAUACCUUGAAGAAGAAGAAGAAGAAACUUGGAAAAAGUAAACUGGAUGUUUUCAAUUGACAAAAGUAAGAAAAGUGCUGGUAGAUGAUCUAAGUAACGUUUGUAGAACAGGUAUCUUUCAGGAAACGGACAAAAUGCCUGAAACUAUUUCGCACACGAGUAAAUAAAAUCUGAAUGUGCUCAAACGCGAA